GCAUUUUUAUGUGAUGUGUUCUUCCUCCUUGGCCAUCGCUGCGAUCGAUACAGAGACGGUGGAGGAGCUCGCAACCCGGUUGCGGCAGUGUGGCGGCUCCAGAGAUCUCGCGCAAGGCAAAUUUGUUGUCGAGGAGAUCAUCCAGCGCAGCCCCAAGCUCCGCAAGAAUAAGUACUUGGCGAAUUUGGCAGUCCAAAUGUAUGGGCGAUGCGGCAGCCUGGAGGAGGCGCGGCGUGUCUUCGACGCGAUCGAGCAGCCCAACACUUUCUCGUGGAACAUCCUCUUCACGGCUUACGCGCACAACGGGCAAGUGACGGAAGCGCGGCGGGUUUUCAACUCGAUGCACGAGCUCAAUCUUGUGUCAUGGAACGCGAUGAUGACUGCGUAUGCUCGCGCGGGCGACGUCGAGCGCGUCAAGGAGCUCUUCGACUCGAUGCCGGAAAGAGAUCUUGUGUCGUGGACUCUUUUGAUAUCAGCAUUUGCCCAAACUGGGCAUUUGGAGUCCGCAAAGAGGCUGUUCGAUGAGAUGCCCGACAAGGACGCGGUGGCGUGCACACCGAUCAUCCAGGCCUACGCUCGCGCCGGGCGAAUCGAUCAUGCCAAGCUCGUCUUCGAGAGCAUGCCGGAGAAGGAUGGGAUUCUCUGGAACUCGAUGCUGCAGGCCUACGUCCAGCACGGGCAUCUGGAAGGGGCAAAAUCCUUCUUCGAAUCGGUUGUGGGCGAUGAGCGAGCGAAUCGCGAUGUCGUGUCGUGGAACAUGAUGAUCCAGGCACACGUCCAGGAUGGGAAUCUCGACGCGGCUCGGGCGAUCUUCGACCAAAUGGUCGAGAGGAACGUCACGACUUGGAACACGAUGAUCAUGGCUUACUCCCGGGGUGGCAAUGUUGAAUCCGCAAAGGUGCUGUUUGAUACUAUGGAGGAGCGUGAUCUUGGCUCGUGGACCUUGAUGGUUUGCGCGUUUGCGCAGCGCGCUUGUCUAGAGGAGGCCAGGGUGGUGUUUGAUUCUAUGCCCGAGCAGAACGUUAUCUCGUGGACAGCAAUGUUUACCAUGUACGCGCAGAGCUUUUUCUUGGAUGAGGCUAAAACUCUCUUUGACAAAAUGCCAGAAAGAAACGUUGUCUCUUGGACCGCAAUGCUUACUGCAUUUGCCGAGAGCCGGCAUUUGAGAGAAGCGAGAGAAGUCUUUGAAACGAUGCCGGAACGAAACUUAGUCUCGUGGAACGCGAUGCUCUCGGCUUACUCGGAACUUGGUCUGAUUGAGAGAACCAAGAACUUGUUUGAGAUGAUGCCGGAGCAGAACGUAAAGUCGUGGAGUGCCAUGAUCGGAGUUUACGCUCACGCGGGCUACAACACCGGGGCGGUGGACGUGUUUCGAAGCAUGGAUCUGGAGGGUGUUCGUCGCGACGAGAUCUCUUUCAUGAGCAUCCUCAACGCUUGCAGCCACCUCGGGCUCUUGGAGGAAUCGUGGAAGCAGUUCAACUCGAUGAAGGAAGAUCACGAUCUCUCGCCCGGAGUGGAGCACUACUGCUCCAUGGUAGACAUUCUCGGUCGAGUGGGAUUGCUGGGUGUUGCGGAAGAGCUCGUCAAGCGGAUGCCUUUCCGUGCCGACUCGGUCACUUACGCGGCCCUUCUCGCGGCUUGUAGAGUUCACAGAGAUCCCAACUGCGGUACCCGAGCAGCGAACGAGCUCAUGGAGCUGGAGCCGGAGAAUGCAGCAUCUUACCUGACGCUGGCCAACAUUUACUCCGCUACGAGCAAGUACUCGAGAGCCAUGCGAAAGAAGCUGAAAGAAAGAAGCUUGAGCCCAAAGUCGAGAAGGAGGAAGAACGAAUGUAGCUAUGCCGAUAAAGGUCUCGCAGGAUCUAUAGGGAGCUAAAGCCGGCCAUGCAUGUUUGCAUGCGUGAAAAAGAGACUAUAUGUGCUUGAGAAGGGAGAGUCUUCCUUUCGCUCCGAGGAUGGACAUAGACUUUGGUGUCAAGGCCGCGGUAAGGUGGUUCCUCGGCUGGAUCGCGGCUGCGUUUUUGCUUGUGAUAUUUCCGUUGGUGGUGCCUUGCAUGCUGGGGUUUCGUAAGAUCCGCAGUGCUUUCACGAGCUCCAAGACGAUUAGAGGCAAUGUGGUGAUUGUUACGGGGGCUUCGUCAGGAAUCGGCAGCUUCAUAGCUUUGGAGUACGCAAGAUAUGGUGCAAGGCUGGUGCUGGUGGCACGAAGAGAGAACAAACUAAGAGAAGUGGCGGAAGCGUGCUUGGAGGCUGGAGCUAUGGACGCAGCCGUGUGUCCAGCUGAUCUCACAAAGGAAUCCGAUUGCCGACGCAUCG